AAGGGAGAGAAUAGUUUCACAUGGCUUCGUUGCCGAUGGGGCCUCCUCUUCUUCGGCCUCAUCAUCAUCAACAUCAUCAGGAGAAGAAUGAGAAUGAGAUUCUCGUGAAGAAUCUAGAUCCUUGCCGGCCUGAGAUGGCCGAAGACAAGGUGACAUCUGUUAUGGAAGGGAACGAUCCAGUCACAGGUCACAUUAUCUCCACUACAAUUGGAGGAAAGAAUGGUGAACCAAAACAAACCAUUAGUUACAUGGCGGAGCGCAUUGUUGGAACUGGCUCGUUCGGAAUCGUAUUUCAGGCCAAAUGUUUGGAAACAGGGGAGACCGUGGCAAUAAAGAAAGUAUUACAGGAUAGACGGUACAAGAACCGAGAGCUGCAACUUAUGCGGUCGAUGGAUCAUCCUAAUGUCAUCUCUUUGAAGCACUGCUUCUUCUCCACUACAAGCAGAGAUGAGCUUUUCCUCAACUUAGUUAUGGAGUAUGUUCCUGAAACCGUGUAUCGCGUUUUAAAGCAUUACAGCAAUGCUAAUCAAAGAAUGCCGCUUAUCUAUGUGAAGCUUUACAUGUAUCAGAUAUUUAGGGGGUUAGCAUAUAUUCAUUCUGUUCCGGGUGUUUGUCAUAGAGAUGUUAAACCACAAAACCUCCUGGUUGAUCCUCUUACCCACCAAGUUAAGCUUUGUGAUUUUGGAAGCGCUAAAGUUUUGGUUAAGGGUGAAGCCAACAUAUCAUACAUCUGCUCUCGUUAUUACCGUGCUCCAGAACUAAUAUUUGGUGCAACAGAAUACACAACAUCUAUUGACAUUUGGUCUGCAGGAUGUGUUCUUGCUGAACUACUACUUGGCCAGCCUUUGUUUCCCGGUGAAAGUGCAGUUGACCAGUUAGUAGAGAUAAUCAAGGUACUUGGUACUCCAACUCGGGAGGAGAUACGGUGCAUGAAUCCAAAUUAUACAGAGUUUAGAUUUCCCCAGAUAAAAGCUCAUCCAUGGCACAAGAUUUUCCACAAAAGAAUGCCUCCAGAAGCAAUAGAUCUUGCAUCUCGGCUGCUACAAUAUUCUCCGAGUCUUCGUUGCACUGCACUUGAAGCCUGUGCGCAUUCCUUCUUUGACGAGCUGCGAGAACCCAAUGCACGGUUGCCAACUGGUCGCCCACUCCCUCCCCUCUUUAACUUUAAACAGGAGUUAUCUGGAGCUUCACCAGAGCUUAUCAACAAACUCAUACCCGAACAUGUGAGGCGUCAGCCUGGUUUCAACCUCCUUAUCCCAGCCGGGACUUGAUGGCUCUGACCGGUUUCUACUCUAAUUUGUACAACACUGAGAUAGGAAGAAGCUAGGGAGAAGCCCUUGAGGAUAAAUUUUAUGCGCAUAAGAACUUGAAAGCAAAUCACGAAAGAAAGACGGGGUGCCAGUAUUUUCAGUGGUGGUCAAUCUCCCAGCCUGUGUAUAUUUUCUGACCAUUUUGUAUCAUCAGUAGAAUUAGAAUGUUCCCAGGUGUACGACGAUAUUGAACGGUGUAUUAUUUUGUGAUGUGAAGUAGGUUUUAUGUAAUAUUCAUUAUAUGGAAGACGGAAGAUUUCUCCUCUGGUUCUCUCUCUUUGUUUGAGCCGACGAUGUUGCAGUUGUAUUAGUGCCCCUUGUAGUCUGAAGUUGAAUUGCAUGAAAAGCUGUUUUUACAUGUAAAUGUUACUUAACCCAGAGGAAGAUGUAUUUCUAUUUCUAUUC